AUGACCAAGCUUACAACACACUUACUUCCACCAGAGCAAUAUGGGGGAAGACAAGGUUAUUGUGCUACUGAUGCUGUUUUGGAACUUGUCCAAAGAAUUGAAACUAGUAAGGAAAAAAUUUCAGCUAUGCUCAUUGAUAUUCAAGGAGCUUUUGAUAAUGUUAACAGAAAUAUAUUGGCACACACAAUGGAGGAUAUGAAACUACCCAAAGCACUUAUAAACUGGACGUACCAAUUUGUAAGUGAAAGAGAAGCUAGUAUGCUCAUGGACCGAAGAAAAGGAUCAGUGCAAAAAAUUAGUACUGGAAUUCCGCAAGGCUCACCUAUUUCACCACUACUUUUUUUGAUAUAUUCCACACCAAUGUAUCAUGCCAUUAAAGAAUGGGGUGGAACUCCUUUUGGCUUUAUUGAUGAUGUGACUAUUACCGUUGAAGAUGAAAAAAAAGUGCAACUUACUUUACCUAAUGGAGAACUUCGUGAACCCCAGAAGGAAGUUAAAUUGCUUGGAAUUACUUUGAACAAUCUGCUUGAUUUUAAAUCUCAUAUUUUGAAUAAAAUCAAUAAAGCAAGAAAAGCUGUUGGUGCUAUUUGGCAUCUUGGUGGCGUGCAAAAAGGUAUGCGAGGGUCUGCAGUCAGAUCACUGUAUAUUGCUUGCGUGAGACCAAUUGUCGAAUAUGGCUUAGAAAUUUGGCAUCACAAAAUUUUGAAAGGAGAAAUCCACAAGUUGGAAGUAAUGCAGAAUAUGGCUUUAAGAAGAAUUGUUGGUGCUUAUCGCACAACUCCUAUUGCGGUACUACAAAAGGAAGCUGGUAUUAUGCCAUAUAGUAUUAGGCUAAAAUUUAUGGUGGCACGAAAAGCUAUUCGUUUACACCUAAAUAUUAGCAAAACUAAUCCUAUUAAUGGUCAUUUGUUAACAUUGAUUGAGAAAUCUCCAAUUGCAAAGCUAACCACGCUUUACAUGUUGGCGAAAGAUGAUAGAGACUAUAUGAAUAAAAAGGAUGAAAAACGAAAAUGCAAGAGGGUUGAACCUCUUACACUGAAACAACAACAAAAUCAGACGAUUGGAAUUUUGAAGAAACAAGCAAUGGAAGAAUGGCAAGAAAUGUAUUGGAACAGCAGUAAGGAUCUGUGGUAUCAUAAUAUCACAGUGGAGUCGAAAUGUACUGAUAAUCUUUCCAAAAUGGUUACGGGAGUGAUCAUGAAGAAAGAUAGUCGAAGGAUCUUGAGUAAUAUUACUCAAUUUCGCACAGGCCAUGGCAACUUUGGCGCAUGGUUUAAAAAGUUUGGAAUUGAAAAGGAUAGUUACAACUGCAAAUGUGGAGAGCUGGAAACAGUUCAUCACAUUUUAGUUGAAUGUCCUUUGCUUGAAGAGGAAAGAAAAGGACUGAAACGGAUAUCUCCAGAGAUGGACAUGUCGACUCUCUUAAACAGUUUAACUGGCUUACAAGAGAUUGUAAGCUUUAUCUCUGCUUGGAGGGAUUAA